CUCGCAUAUAAGCUGUGGUCCGUGCACCAAACACGUCCCUCGGCGCGUCUCCUGCCCCGCGCAAUUUGCAGCGUGUUCCUUGGGCACUCCUUGACGCAAAGAUAGUUUUUGCUGAUACAUCAUUCAUUGUUAUUGCCUGUCGCUUCAUCCUCCGAAUCAUGUCGACCCAGGAGGCAAACAGCAUACGCCUUGCUCAUAGCUCCCCGCAACAAGCUUUCCGUCUUCUCGAGUUAACGCCCGAAGUGCUCGAAUUGCUUUCUUCUGGCAAUGCGCCAACUCUAUAUCUCAAAUCCCCCCAAACAGAUUCGGCAGCGGGGCAAGACGCCGGUUACGUGAACCUAUGCACAAGCGAGAAAACUUUCAGAAUCCGACAGGUCCAUUCGUCGAAUUCGUUAUAUGUUAUACGCCCGAGUGACAGGAAUGGACAGCAAGUGAAUGGUGAUGAUAUGUCGAUGAAUGAUUUGAAUGUCCCCGGAACGGUAUCAACGAUUGCGAAGUGCGGAUCGACUCUUGAAUUGCACAAAUUAGACGAGACCAGCUCGGCAGCACAGAUCAUGAGAAGCAUGAUAAAGGUGUACGAUCGGAUAAGUGCGGAAGGCGAUAUUGAUAUGGCCGAUGCUCGGGGUCAGCAAGAAAUAACCAAGUCUCAGAAGACCAGGAUAAAACGGGAGUUAUUCGAUGAUGUCCCAUUCUCGACAGCGGAGUGUAACGCGGCGUGGAGUGAGAUUGGCGCUUUCGUACAUUUUGAUAAUGAUGGUAAAGAAGUUACUGCUUUUCGGCCGUCAGCAAGAACGAAAAUUGAUGUAUGGAAGCGAAUUCUUGAGGGAUCGGUGCUGCAGAGCAUUGAUUUGGAACGGCAAUUCCUUGCGAAUGAUCUCUGGAAGGCUGUUGUGGGGGAUGAUGAGGAGGAGGAGCUGUUCCCUCGAUCCUUGUUUGAUGCGAUUGUUAUGAGGGUUGCUGAGAAGUCUGGUUCGAAGAUAUCGAGCCUGGAUGAGCAGGAGCUGAGGUGGACUAAUCUGGACAAAACUGUUUGUGUAAGAUGGAUCGGUGAGACGUAUCUCGAAGCGUAUGCCUCGACAGAAUGUUCUUCUGUAGGACGCUCUGAGUUCAUCCGUAUCUGGAAAGACUUGUUACCCGAGUCAUGGCGAAAUGAAGCGUCCCUGGAUAAAUUACCUGAGAGUUCCUACAAGACGCCGGAUCCGGUUUCAAUUUGCUACGUUGAGUCAGAGAGUAACAAGGUGAAGAAAGAGGCCGGAGGAGGUACGACUACAGCGACUACAGCUAAGAAUUCUCGGAACUGGCAUGAGCGAUUCAAGAGCCAGAGAAAGUAAGAGACCAUUGGAAACCAUAAAGUACUUGCAUUGCGACUUGCAUGGAUAUCUCAUGCUAAGCAUGCCGCCGUCUUCAAUCGUCAUCUAUAAC